GUCAAGCAUGCGUCAAUUUUAAUCUGUGAACUAAAGUUUGUUUGCUGUAUUUUCCGUAAUAUAAAAUUUCGAAUAUAUUUAUAAAGAAGUUCUUCUUUUCUUUCUCAACCAGUGAAAUUUAAUAUUUAUCUACAAAAUGGCGAAAAUGGCAUUUCAGCAUCAGGCGGGCACAGCCAUGGAGUGUUUAAGUAUACCAAUAACACUCCAAAAAGAGGCUGGUGUUGACCCAGAUGGUCGGGAAGUAAUGAAAUGUGGGUUUAAAAUUGGAGGUGGUAUUGACCAGGACUUUAGAAAAAGUCCUCAGGGCUACACUGAUAAUGGCAUUUAUGUGACAGAAGUACAUGAAGGGAGCCCGGCCGCCAAGGCAGGCCUUAGAAUGCAUGACAAGAUACUUCAGUGUAACGGAUACGACUUCACCAUGGUGACUCACAAGAAAGCUGUUAGCUACAUCAAAAAGCACCCAGUCCUGAACCUUUUGGUUGCAAGAAAAGGUGUGACAUCUACAUAAUGAUGAGGCAGCUGUGGCUAUGAUAUUAUUCUACAGAAACAUCUUACAAUUUUAGUUCAUAGGUGACGAGUAUUAUAAGUAAUUUUAUAGCGUUAUUUAUUUUCUAUAUAUACCUGAGUACUAUUAAGUUUUUAUAGUUAUUGACAUAACACCAUGAUAAUGAUAAGACUACUUUUUGUUGUAGCAAAGAUAUUUUCAUUAAGACUUAUGCACUUGCAAGAGUUACCACCUCUUUAGGUAAAUAUAAGUUAAGAAUCAAUUCUUUUUAGUAAUAGUGGUCAACUAGCUAUGAUUUGUAUAAUUUGGUAAUAGGGAAAUAAUAUGACAUCAACUUUUUGCCUCUUUUAAUGAGAUAAUUGUUAAAUAUUUUUGAGAUUUAUUGCUAGUUUAUAAAAAUAUUGUAAUUUUGUUAUCAUCAUAAAAUAAUAAUUCUACACAUUUAAAACAUAAAAACAAUGUAUGUGCCAAAUAAGUAACAAUGAACUUUAAAAUAAUAAGUGUUAACACUUCUUACUUGUAUCACUAAUCUAAAUAUUAACUCAAGCAUCAUUAUUAAUUCUUUGGAGAUACAAUAGCAUGUACAGCUAUAAGUUACAACAGGUAUGUCUGAAAUUUGACAACCACUGUGAUAGGAAUAAGCUUCCUCAUCACCACAAAAAAACUGAAGGUAGCUCAGACCAGAUUUUAUAAAUAACUCACCUUGAUGUAAGCUAUUGUUUAUCUCCUUUUUUAUAGAAAAAUAUGUAGAGCACUUUAAUGAAUGAAAUAUUUAGAUCUGCAUUAUUUGACGGCUUUUGGAAUCAUGUUUACAUUAAUGAAUUCUAAAUUUACAACUGCACUUGUUACUUACAGUUUUAUUUAGCUUAAAAUCUUUACAAGUCAAGAUUCAAUUCCGAAAAAUAUAUUAUAAUGAUUGAUUGAUCAGGGUAAAUUUAAGUUAUCUACCAUAAUUAUUUAUGAAACUAUUAAAGGUGGGUUUAAAUAUUUUCGACUAGAACAUGGAAUUAAUUAAACUCCAGCAAUAUGAGAAAUAGCUUAAUGAAAAUUCGUAAAUAAAAAUAUAGUACAAUGUUCUCAAUAAAUUUUCUAUGGUGUCCUAUACUGAAUGUAGUUUACUGUGAUGGUUCUGAAGAGGGCUUGAGUAUAAGCCAGUUCUGUAACAGUAGCUAUGCCAAAGACUAGAUACUUUAACCCCACUAUUCCUGUCUGACUAACUCUAUGUAAUAUCGAAUAUACCCACUAUAAGCUGCAUACAAGUACUUAAAAACUUUAAACCAUCAAGUUGAUUUAAGAUAUAAGUUUUUAAUGCUAUUUUUAAUGAUGUACCUUAUAAGUAUGGAGGAUUGGUGGGGAUAACUGGGAACAGGCAUUUUUUGUUGCAUACAAAAUAUGAAAAUACAUAUAGGUAAGCAGUUUUUAUGAUGUAUUAAAUUUAGUUAGCAUUCACGAUAGGUACCUAAUGACUCAGAAGAAGAAACGGUAUCACCUGCCUUUCAUCUAUGAAUUUGACUGGUAGUGGUUUGCUAGCAUAUUUUACCAACUUAGGUUUUUAUAAAACAUGCAUUUAUACUUAGAUUUAACCUAUCUGAGAGUUUGUUGGUCUAUUCCUGCACAUGCUUUCCUAACUAUAGCUUUGUACCUAUUGAGUGAUAACAAUUUUAUUUGUCUUAUUUUUAGUAGAUAGAUAAAUACGUAAUGUAUAUUAUUUGUUCUUUUGUAUAAAUAUAUUCACAAAUAAAAUGUUGUCUAUUCAA